CAUUAUUAGAUAUGAUUGAUUGUAGAUUUGUAGUACUUUAAAAGUAAAUCGGGAAUUUUGGAGUCAAUGAUCGAUUUUCUACACCCGUAGAGUAGUAGUCGUUAAACUGAAUCGCAUCGCUACAACUCAUCGUCAGUCCAUCGUCUUCUUCAUCUUGCUCUACAUUAUAUUAUGGCGGAAAUUUCGAAGCUUUAAACCCAAAACCUCAUCUCCCAUGGCUAAACCCCUGUUGAAAUCUCGCACGAUCCUCGAACCUUUUGCACAAUUCAACGCAUCGUCAUCAUCAAUUCGAUCUCUAGCUCUUUUUUCCACAUCUCCUUCCGAAACCCUAAUAUACGUCGGCACUGUCUCCGGUAAACUCCUCCUACUCUCUCUUCAUCAUCCCAGUUCCAAUUCUAGUAAUAGUCAUAACCAAGAGAGUAGUAGUAACAAUGAGAACAGAGAUAACGAUGAUCAAAUUAAAUUUGUUCGGCAUAUGUCGAUAAGCGACUGUGCAGUAGAAUCAAUACAUGUAUUUGGUGAAAUUGAGAAGAUUUUAGUUGUUUCCGACGGGUUUAUACAUUUUGUUGAUUUAGAAUUAGUUAAACCUGUGAAAAAGAUCGGUGCUCUGAAAGAUGUUAGUUUUGUUGCUAGGAGGUUGAGGAGUAAAGGAAAUGAGGGUUUCACAAAGUUAACCGUGGGAGGUGGAGCAGAUGCAAGUGGUGGCUCGAGUUUCUUGCAGAGAUUAGGUGGUGGUGGUGGUGGUAGGUUAAAUGGUGGUGUUGUGAAUGAUUUACCUAUUGAUGAUAACUGUGUUUUUGCUGCUGCUGUUGGGAAGAAACUGAUUUUAGUGGGGCUUGUUGGUAGGAGUAAUGAGAGUUAUGAUAGUGUUGCAGGUACUCUUGUGACCAUGAAAGAGAUUCAAUGUGUUGAUUUAGUUAAAGAGAUGGUCUGGAUUGAUGAUUCCAUUGUUGUGGGUAGUUCAAGUGGUUAUUAUUUGUGUUCAUGUGUUACAGGUCAAUGUGGUUUGAUCUUUUCAUUGCCAGACAUGAGUACACCAUGUCUUAAGGUUUUAAAAAAAGAGUAUAAAGUUCUUAUGCUUGUUGACAAUGUUGGGAUUAUUAUUGACUCUCAAGGGCAACCAGUGGGUGGAAGUUUGGUCUUUCAUGGAUCUCCAGAUGGUAUAGGGGAGAUGGGCACAAGUGUCAUUUCUCUUCACAAUGGAAAAAUGGAGCUGUAUCUUAAAAAAACAGGGAAAUGUGUUCAGAAGAUUGUGUUUUCAGUAGAAGGAACUGGUCAACGUGUCAUAGCAGAUGAUGAAGAUGAAACUGGCAAGGUGGUGGUUGUAGCAACAUCAUCCAAGGUAAUUUGCUACUUGAAAGUACCCUCUGAAGAACAAAUUAAGGUUUUUUUGAGAAAGAAGGAUUUCAAGGAGGCUAUUUCUUUGGUUGAGGAGCUUCAUGAUGAUGGUGAAAUAACAAAGGAAGCAAUGUCAUUUGUUCAUGCUCAAGUGGGAUUCUUGUUAAUGUUUGACUUGCAUUUUGAAGAAGCAGUUGACCAUUUUCUAUUAUCAGAAACCAUGCAGCCUUCUGAGAUUUUUCCAUUCAUCAUGCCAGAUCCAAAUCGUUGGUCAUUGCUGGUACCUAGGAAUCGUUAUUGGGGUUUACACCCUCCACCUGCCCCUUUGGAAACUGUUAUUGACAAUGGAUUGAUAGCUAUUCAAAGAGCUAUUUUUCUUAAAAAAGCAGGUUUGGAGACAGCUGUAGAUGAUGAUUUCCUUUUGAAUCCUCCAAAUAGAGACGAUUUAAUGGACUCUGCUAUAAAAAACUUAAUCAGGUACUUAAAGGCUUCACGUGAGAAAGAGCUGACAUCAUCUGUGAAGGAGGGAGUUGACACGUUAUUAAUGUAUCUUUAUAGAGCUCUGAAUUUAGUUGAUGAAAUGGAAAGUCUUGCUUCUUCUGAAAACUGGUGCAUAGUGGAAGAGUUGGAAACUUUACUGAAUGAGUCAGGGCAUUUAAGGACACUUGCUUUUCUUUGUGAAAGCAAAGGGAUGAGUUCUAAGGCUCUUGCCAUUUGGAGAAUAUUGGCAAGAAACUAUUCAUCCGGAUUUUGGAAGGACCAAACACGGAUAAAUGAAACAAGUGGGGAAGGUGUAAACAUUAUAUCUGGUAAAGAGACUGCAGCAACUGAAGCUUCAAGGAUUCUUGAAGAAUUAUCUGAUAAAGAUCUCAUUCUGCAACAUCUUGGAUGGAUUGCAGAUAUUAACCAGGUGCUUGCUGUUCGAGUAUUGACAUCUGAAAAAAGGAGUCAUCAGCUUCCACCAAGUGAUGUAAUUGCUGCAAUUGACACGAAAAAAACUGAAAUUCUUCAAAGAUAUCUGCAAUGGUUGAUUGAAGAACAAGACUCUGAUGAUCCUCAGUUUCAUACAUCAUAUGCUCUUUUACUCACCAAAUCAGCACUUGAAAGUUAUGAAACAGAAAUUUCAUCUGAAGCUGGAACCUCAAAGCAGAUUAAUGGUUUGGAGCCUGAAAAGCAAUCCAUAUUCCAAAAUCCUGUGAGAGAGAGACUGCAAUUCUUCUUACAGUCUUCAGAUCUGUAUGACCCUGAAGAAGUUCUUGAUUUGAUACAAGAAUCAGAAUUAUGGUUGGAAAAGGCUAUUCUUUAUCGAAAACUAGGGCAAGAAACAUUGGUGCUCCAGAUCCUAGCUGUAAAAUUGGAGGACAAUGAUGCUGCUGAACACUAUUGUGCUGAAAUUGGAAGACCAGAUGCUUAUAUGCAGUUGCUUGAUAUUUAUCUAAACCCAACAGAUGGGAAGAAACCCAUGUUCAAAGCUGCUGUUAGGCUUCUCCAUAAUCAUGGAGAAUCUCUUGAUCCUCUGCAAGUUCUUGAGAGAUUAUCCCCAAAUAUGCCCUUACAGCUUGCUUCCGAUACAAUAUUAAGAAUGCUAAGAGCUCGUCUUCAUCAUCAUUAUCAAGGACAAAUUCUUCAUAAUAUGUCACGGGCUGUUGGGCUUGAUGCAAAUUUAGCAAGAUUGGAGGAAAGAUCACGACACGUACAAAUUAAUGAUGAAAGUUUAUGUGAUUCUUGUCACGCAAGACUUGGAACAAAGUUAUUUGCAAUGUAUCCAGAUGACACCAUUGUUUGCUACAAGUGCUUCAGACGGCAGGGUGAGUCGACAUCUGUAACAGGUCGGGAUUUUACGAAUGAUCCGGUGUUUAAACCCGGGUGGCUUGUUAUUGAUUGAUGGUUAAUUAUUAUAUACAUGACAUAAAGAGUUCAAAUCCAUACAAAAUGGAUGAUGUUAUUUAGUUUUACACUGAUGUAAGAGCCCAAUUUUUGUAUGUUGUUAUAAAAGAUAUGUAAAGCAUUCGCUGUAAUCAUGUAAAUGAAUGGAGGAUUUCAUGUUUUUUUUUGAAGAGAUUUUGUUAGAGAGGAGUACGAUUGCAAAUGAUUGUUUUGGUAUUUUGUCGAUUAUAUAAUUUAUACAAAGUUUGAUUGUCGAUAACAAUGAUGAUGACUAGUAUUUUCCAAUUUGUUUUACUUUGUUAGACAUGUGUUUUUAGUUUUUGUAUUGAUUAUUUUUAUGUUAUUGUCUAGCAAAUACUUGAAAGUUCAAAUACUCAUUGAUAAUAAUAAAAUAAAACGAGGGGUAAAUUGCAAUCUAUAUCUAUCUUUCUAGGAUACGUUGAAAUUGUAAUCUAUCCUUAAUUGUCAAACUCGUAACGUACGAGGUUCAAAUUGGUUAAAUCUCUAAGUGUAGAGGUAUGUUUGAAAAUUUAGUUCUUCUCUAUCAUUCCGCCACUCUGCUACAAGGGCGCAGUAGCUCUGCUUCUCUCUCGUGCAAGACUUGGUCCUCCGGUGACGGCGCAGCUCAUUAAAAAAAUAGCCUUCCGGCAGAUCGCCGGAUGUCUGCUACUGUGAGCGGUCGAUCUCGAAGCAUUCUCAUUAAGGUCUUGUAAUAUUGAACAACCAAUGUUGGAAGUUAACAAGUGAAUGGGAAUCGAAGAGAAAGAUUAUAUUUAUAAACAAGCGAUGAAAUUGUUCAUCAAAAUUCGAGUUUGAUGAUCUGCUCAGCUUCAGAGAGAUCUUGAUAUCAGGGGUGAUUGAGGAGAUGAGUCAGACAUACAGAUCAAAAUUGAAGUCAUUUAACAAAUUUCAUAAAGAUAAGCAAGUCCUUGCGCUGCUCCAAGCAUAAUUUGUAAUCUUCUUUGCCAUGGAAGAGGAUCGUGAGAUUUUCUGAAGAGAUGAUCUUCUAAGCUUUUAUUCGGCAUGAACUCAUAAACCAACAGGCGUUGGAUCCCUCGUUCACCAUCCAUGGCGCAGUAUCCAAUUAGUUUGACCAAAUUCGGGUGGUCAACUACACCAAGAAAUUGUACUUCAGCUACCCAUUGUUUGUGACCCUGCAUCCCAGAUAAAGAAAGAAUGUACUUUCAAUCAUUCGUAAUGUACAUCUUGUAAUGCACAGUGUGUGAAAAGGAAAAAAAUAGUGAUUAUUGCUUCAA